GGAGCACCAGGGACUGGCAGUGGGAGGGCUGUGUUAGAAGGCAGACUCCUGCGUGACAUUGGUGAGGUUGGGCUUGUUUGUGUUUCUCCUGGAUCAUGGAUUGCUGGGUGAGAUCCAUGUGUAGACAGACCCUGAGCAUCCAUGUCAGCAUGAGUUCAUGUCCAGCCUUUGUGGCUUUCCCAAGGAAGCUGAAUGUCCCUCUAAAGGACUGUCUGCUCACUUGGUGCAUUAACAUGUUUGCUUCUUUUUCCUCUCUGAGUAUCUCUGUCAGGCUGGUGCUGAGUCCUGCCUCAUGGUGCUCUGGAUCUGAAUUCCCAGAGCCCAUGAAUGACAGAAGAUGUUGCCCAUGACUGAGGGACAUGGGUCAAAGGAGAUGCUGGGAGAGACGCCUCUGCUGAGUAACCACAAAGUAGAGUCAAAUGUCACACAUUUUAGGUUUUUCCAAGAAAUUCUUGCUGCUGCGCGCUGUUCCCCAUGAAAGAGCUCUGGGCUCUGUCCAUGCCCCUCACCAGCCCUUUCCCUGUUUUCAUACAGAAAUGGACCCAAGCAGAGAGGCAGAUGAUUGUGGCCGAGUUUCAGCAGCUGCAGCAGUUCCUGGAGGAACAAGAGCGACUCCUCCUAGCCCAGCUGGAGAAGUUAGACGAGGAGAUUGGGAGGUUCCAGACUGACACUGUCAGGAAACUCUCUGUGCAGAUUUCCUGCCUCAGUGAGGGGAUCGGCGAGCUGGAGGGAACGUGUCAGAAGCCAACAAGUGAAUUCCUGCAGGACAUCAGAAGCACCCUGAGUAGGGGUGAUAUGGGGCAAUUCCAGCUGCCAGAGAUUUCCCCUGACCUGGAAGAACAACUCAGCAGUUUCUCCCAGAAAACGAUUGCUCUAUCAGAGACUCUGAGGGAGUUCAAAGACGCGCUGCACUCUGCACUGGAGAGAGCAAGAAGAAAAUCCCUGGGAGCUUUCAGACAAGGCUGCAGAACACCCAUGUCUGUCUCUGCCUCAGCCCCUGGCCUGCAGAGCCAGGGACAGGAAAUGGCCGUGGAGGAGCCAGUGAGCUUCGAGGAGGUGGCUGUGUAUUUCUCUGAGGAGGAAUGGGCUCUGCUGGACCCGGACCAGAGAGCCUUCUACGAAGAUGUGAUGCAGGAGAAUUAUGAGGCCGUGAACUGGCUGAGAUUCCCAGCCUCUCAAACUGAUGUGAUCUCCUGGGUGGAGCGAGAGGGGGAGUUGCAGGUCCCAUAUCCCCAAAGCUGUGAGGAAGGAGAGAGCAUCAGCAACACCCAGACAGGUGAUGGCAUGCUGACUGAGAAGCAUGAGAAGAGUCUUCUGCAGGAAGAACGGGAGGAAGUGGAUCCAUGUGAGAUGUUAUUGGGAAGAUCUGAAGGGCAUGUUUUCCAGCUACGUGAAGGAGAGAGCUGUGAGAGUCAGCAUACCCUAGAAAAGCAGCAGGGAAACCAUCCGGGAGUGGGACAGGGUAACUCCAGUCACAGGAGCAGAAGGGAGAAAAGAAACACAGAAACUGUUCAACAGGAAAUCCCCCAUCAACUGUCACCCUGCACUUGUAGGGAUUGUGAAACUCUUGUUGAACAUCAAAGAGCCCACACAGGAGAGAAGCCCUUCAAGUGCUCUGACUCUGGGAAAAGCUUCAGUGAGCACUCACACUUUACGAACCAUCUAAAAAUACAACCCAGAGAGACACCUCAUAAGUGCUCUGAUUGUGGGAAAAGCUUCAGUAGCAGCUCACACCUUGUUACUCAUAGGAGGAGCCACACAGGGGAGAAACCCUUCAGCUGCUCCGACUGUGGGAAAAGAUUCAGUAGAAGCUCAGACCUUGUUACCCAUAGGAGGACCCACACAGGAGAGAAACCUUUCAAUUGCUCUGACUGCGGGAAAAACUUCAGUAGAAGCUCAGACCUUGUUACCCAUAGGAGGACCCACACAGGAGAGAAACCUUUCAAUUGCUCUGACUGCGGGAAAAACUUCAGUAGAAGCUCAGACCUUGUUAGACAUAGGAUGAGCCACACAGGAGAGAAGCCCUUCAGCUGCUCUGACUGUGGGAGAAGCUUCCGUAGAAGCUCACACCUUGUUAUCCAUAGGAUGACUCACACAGGAGAGAAACCUUUCAAUUGCUCUGACUGCGGGAAAAACUUCAGUAGAAGCUCAGACCUUGUUAGACAUAGGAUGAGCCACACAGGAGAGAAGCCCUUCAGCUGCUCUGACUGUGGGAGAAGCUUCCGUAGAAGCUCACACCUUGUUAUCCAUAGGAUGACUCACACAGGAGAGAAACCUUUCAAUUGCUCUGACUGCGGGAAAAACUUCAGUAGAAGCUCAGACCUUGUUAGACAUAGGAUGAGCCACACAGGAGAGAAGCCCUUCAGCUGCUCUGACUGUGGGAGAAGCUUCCGUAGAAGCUCACACCUUGUUAUCCAUAGGAUGACUCACACAGGAGAGAAACCUUUCAAUUGCUCUGACUGCGGGAAAAACUUCAGUAGAAGCUCAGACCUUGUUAGACAUAGGAUGAGCCAGUGGUGCAGCGUAUUAUACAAGCUUAUAGGACUUUG